AUGCCCCCAAUACGAAACCAAGAGUAUAGUAUAAGUGACCUUCGCAGAAAGUGCGCAGAGAAGGGCCUUUCGACUAAAGGCCGAAAGGCAACUUUGGUAUCUCGGUUACAACAAUACGCUUCGUCUGGACCUUCUACUACGUCUCAGCCGUUGGAUAACGCAACGCCAAGUGCCUCAACGUCGCAAACUUCCACGCCAGUGCCUACCGGAGAAAGCGUACAUACUCCAAGCCUGCUAAACGACGCGCAAAUGACACAAGUUCGAUCUAUUGUAUCGCGCAGCAUCGAAGACUCAAUAACGGAAAUUGCCAGCCAAGCGGCCCGUGCUGCUGUGAAUGCAUUGCAAUGUUCAGCGACCUCGCCAAACGAAAGUUCGCCAGCGACUCUAGAGGACCGAGUAGCAGAUCAUCACGCCACUUUGACUUCAUCAACACGAAGCCCUAACCCAGUACCUGCUGCUGUGCCGACCGUGGUUAUUCCAGAUUUUCCUCCUCAUGUGCCCGAGAAUGAAUCCUUUGUUCCAACUCAGAUGCCAUCUUACGGCCACCCCGCGUUGGAUGUGCCCGCUGCCUAUGUCAAGCAGAUACAAACGGGUGAGUUUUUUGAUUUAGCAAAAUUAUUACCUCGUGAAUUCCCUUCCACUGUGGAGGAGGACUCUGUGGUCUUAACCUUGGAAAACUCCAUUAUAAAAGCUAAGAAGGCUAAUCAGCAAACUCAAAAAAUAACGAAUAUCGAACAAUGGACUACAGCGUUCACUGUGUAUAUGGGCAUAUUAACAUCAAAGUUCCCCUCGCGAUCCCAAGAGUUGCUUCAGUAUAUGUCCCUCAUCCGCUAUGCCUCCCAAACCCAUCGGGGCCUUGGCUGGUGUAUUUAUGAUCACAAGUUCCGCCGAAAAGCUGCCCUCAAUGCCAGUCUCAACUGGUCACAAAUUGACCAGCAGCUUUGGUUAUGUCUUUUCACAAUACCACCUGACAUUUUAAGACGGGAAUACCCCCUUUUCACAAAUGGACCCCAGCAAAAUACUAUCCUCUCAGGGGCCGCUAGAAGAGGAAAUACCUGCCAUGAAUAUAACAAAAGGGGUGAGUUUAAAAACACCAGUUGUCCCUACCGUCACGAAUGCAACAGAUGCUCAGGUACCCACCCAGGCUUUAGCUGCAAUCAACGUCGACCAGAGCAUGACCAACUCCCCAGGAGCAGCGACAAGUCAAAGAAGUCUACGCAUGCCCAUUGAUUCUUAUAAUCAACUACCAACACCUAUUUUAGUUGAUAAGUUAGAAAGUGCCCUUACUGGACACCCUGGUUCUAAUUUUGUAUUUCAGGUUUGCAAUAAUUUAAGGUUUGGUGCACGAAUUGGUUUUGAGGGGCAACGUGCCCCAAAAUUUUCUAGAAAUUUACCCACGGCACUGGCUGACCCUAGUGUGGUCGCAAAUAACUUAGCACAUGAGAUUUCGCUUGGUCGGGUGGCUGGUCCCUAUGAUAACCCACCAUUUCCAAAUUUCCAAAUUUCACCAAUUUGCUUGGUUCCAAAAAAGAACUCUGACAAAUUUCGAACAAUUUUUCAUCUCUCUUUUCCUAAGACAGGUACGACCAGCAUAAAUUAUGCAAUUUCCAAGGAGGAUUUCAGUUUGCAAUAUGUCACCAUUGAUCAUGCCAUUGAAGGUAUAAAGCGUUUUGGCCAGGGCUGUUUCCUUGCAAAAACUGACAUAGAAUCGGCAUUUCGACUGAUUCCCAUUCACCCCGAUGAUUAUGAGCUACUGGGUAUGUUUUGGCAGGGGAAAUAUUUUUAUGACAAGGUCUUACCCUUUGGCCUUCGAAGCGCCCCAUUUAUUUUCAAUCAACUUUCUGAUGCGAUAGAAUGGAUCUUGAUUAACAAAUGUCACAUUUCUUUUGUCUGCCACAUUUUAGAUGAUUUCUUAGUCAUUGAACCUAAGUCGGAACUUUUCUCUCCCGAGAGUCCCUGUCAGCAAAGCCUUGCUGCAAUGCUGCUUACUUUCAAUAACCUGAACAUCCCAAUUGCCCCGAGUAAAACUCAAGGUCCCCUACAGGUACUUGAUUUUAUGGGUAUAACAUUAGACACCCUGAGAAUGGAAGCACGUCUUCCCACUGAAAAAAUUGAGCGAUUGAAGGAACUUUUUGGACAAUUUGAAAACAGACGUUCUUGUACUUUAAAACAAUUACAAUCCCUAAUUGGUACAUUGAACUUUGCAUGCAAGGUUGUCCCACCAGGUAGGCCCUUCUUACAGCGCAUGAUUGAUUUAACCCGAAAUGUUAAGAAGCCCCACCACCACAUAAAACUGAAUACCGGGUUCUUUAAAGAUCUGGAGAUGUGGAAACAAUUUGUAAUAAAUUGGAAUGGAGCUAACUUUUUCCUUUCAUCCACCUGGCAAGAUUCAGAUUGCCUGCAACUCCAUACAGAUGCAUCAGGAGCACUAGGGUAUGGGGGUAUAUUUGAGUAUAGAUGGUUCCAGGGCACAUGGCAACCCCACCAACAACUAGGAACACCAGGAAUUAGUAUCGCUUGGCAAGAGCUUUUUGCCAUUAUAGUCGCAUGCCAGAUAUGGGGAGAGCUUCUCCAGGAAAAACGUAUUAUCUUUAACUGUGACAAUGAAGCAGUAGUCAGUAUGAUUAACACAAAACGUUCACGUGUGCCAAAGGCCAUGGAUCUAAUUCGCCGUUUGACCCUGCUAACAAUGCAAUAUAAUUUUUACAUUCGAGCUCAACACAUACCCGGAAAACGAAAUGAAAUUGCAGACUCUCUCUCGUUUUCAGCACCAACGGUUCACACAAUUGGCACCUCAUGCAGAUCCCAACCCAUGCUACAUCCCGACUUUUCUGCUAACAAUUUGAAAAACGACAUUGAAAAAUAUAUCAAUUUGGCAGUGGCACCUUCUACCAAACAAACAUACAGCUCAGGUGAAAAACGCUUUGUUGAAUUCAUCCUUUUAGUUAAAUGCACUCAAGUCGAACAGUGUCUCCCGGCAACAGAAUCUAUGCUGACUGAGUUUGUUGUGUACUUGGCUAGAACUAUAAAACAUUCCUCAAUAAAAAAUUACCUAGCAGCUGUUCGACAUCAUAUUCGCCAGGGUUUUAAGUUAAACUUUCAAAAAAUGACACGCCUGCAACUGGUCUUACGUGGUAUAAAGAGAGCUCAAGGUGGCCAAAUUCGAAUACGCUUACCAAUAACUAUUCAUCAUCUGCAGUUGUUCCACCUGUUACUAUCCAUUCCAUCUACCAAAAAUUAUGACUCAUUAAUGUUCUGGGCUGCAAUGACUUUGGCAUUCUUUGGUUUCCUCCGUCUGGGAGAACUAACAUGUAAUUCCAAAUUUAAUACCGAUACCCACUUGACACCAGACAAUAUAUCAUUUAAUUUUAUUCAGGAGACGCAAAAACCCAAAUCGAUGACAAUCUUGAUCAAAGAGUCAAAAACUGACCCCUUUCGGGUGGGUCAAACAAUUACAAUUGGGUCUACUAGCUAGGGUUAGGGUUAGGGUUAGGGUUAGGGGUUAGGGUUCACCAUUAUGUCCAGUUUUAGAUAUGAAGCGAUAUCUUACAAGUCGCAAAUCACUCAAUGGCCCCCUUUUCGUUCAUGCUUCAGGAAAGCCAUUGACAAAGCAAGCACUGAUAACUGAGACACGAUCUCUUCUCACUAAGUCUGGCUUAAAUGCUGCUCAUUAUGUUGGUCAUAGCUAUCGGAUUGGUGCUGCAACAACAGCAGCCUCUGCGGAACUGCCAUCCUGGCUAAUCAAAACAUUAGGACGAUGGACAUCCGACUGUUAUGAACGCUAUAUCAAAAUUCCAUUAUCAACUCUAUCUGGGGUAUCAGCCACUUUGACAGAUGUGCUAACCGCUAAGUAA